AUGUUUGAUGAGUUGGUGGAGAUUGUGGGACCAAGAAUACAGAAGCAGGAUACAUAUAUGAGAAAGGCGCUACCUCCAGACUUAAAGCUAGCCAUCACAUUGAGGUUCCUUGAUUCAGAAGAAUGGGCAUCCACUGAGGAGGUAUUCAGAAACAGGUGGAAUAUUCCUCAUGCCGUAGGAGCUUUAGAUGGCAAACGUGUGGCCAUAAAUAAACCUGCCAAGAGCGGCUCAUUGUACCACAAGGGCUUCUUCUCAGUGGUCCUCAUGGCCCUUGUGGAUGGAAAUUAUAAGUUCCUGUGGGUGGACGUUGGUGCAUACGGAAGUAUGUCUGAUCCUUAG